GUACACGGUGUGUCGUGGUGGGUUGUGGACGUAACACCACCGAUGUUACCAGCAAGUUGACUGAAGUGCUCGCGAUAUUAUCCAGCGCGGCACCAUGGGGUGCGGUGCAAGUGGAACCGCCGUCAGUGCAUUCGAUCAAAACACCUUACAUUGGAAAAAGGCGCAUGGUUGCAGGCUGACUACACGAGAGAAAAAAGUCUUCGAAGUGUUGAAAGGCAAUUUUAAGACGGACUAUUCAUCGGACAUGAAAAUAAUUAGAAUAUUCACCAGCUCCACGUUUACAGAUACGAAACACGAGCGCGACGCGUUGAUGGAGAAAGCUUAUCCUAAACUAAAGACAUACUGCCAAAGCAGAGGAUACGAAUUCCAAGUAGUGGACAUGAGGUGGGGUAUCAGGGACGAGGCCGCUGAUGAUCACAUGACCACAGAGCUAUGCCUCAGAGAAAUUGAAGCUUGUCAGAAGUUGUCAACAGGGCCAAACUUUGUAACUUUAUUAUCACACAAAUACGGACAGCGCCCUCUAUUGCGGACAAUAGAUGUGAACGAGUUUAACACCAUCGUUGACGGAAUCGCCGAGGAAGAAACUAAAAAGCUAGUUUUAAAGUGGUACUUAAAAGAUGAGAAUUAUAAGCCCUCGAUGUAUGUUCUUCAGCCAAUCAGCGUGGCCAUACCUAAUUUCACUAGCCCGGAUGAAGAACUAAGAAAGAUGGCAAAGGCCGAGUGGAAGGAGACACAGUCGAGGCUGCAAGUAGCGCUGACAGAUUCAGCUAAAGUCAAACUCCGGGAUGAAGAGGCUGUGUAUAAAUACAUACGUUCAGUUACGGCAUCAGAAAUAGAAAAGGGAUUAUUCGAGGUCAGUGACCCCGGUAGAUCAUGUCUUUGGUUUCACAGGAUACUGAAACCGAUUGACAGUGCGCCACCAGAUUUCAUCGAUGUGAAACAGAGUUCAGAUGAAGACGUCAGCAACUUGUUGGAUACACUGAAAAAAGAAAGAAUUCCUUCAGCGUUGCCACUGGAAAAUAUCACUUCAUACACCGUACGGUGCUCGAACACAAAUGGGUUCGAUCCGUCCAUGCUGGAAAACAGUCAAUAUCUAGACCGACUUUGUACUGACUUCCAAAAUAAACUACAACAGAAGGUAGAAGAUGCAAUAAAGGAGCGGGCGAUGACAGACGUUAACGACGAUGUUUUUGGCGAAGUUCUCCAGCAUGCCAAAUUUUGUGAAGAAAAAUGUGAGAUGUUUCAUGGACAAACAGAAGCCCUGCAC